AGCAGGGGGCGGGCGAGCCAGGAGGAGCGCUGGGCGGGUCCUGGCGUGACGCGGCUGGCGCGACGGCGCGGGCGUGACGUCUCGGCGGCCGGCCCGAGGCCUGAGAGCGGCCGGGGGCUUGCGGGCGCGGGACGCGGCCGCCAUGUUCGGCUCGAGCCGCGGCGGAGUGCGCGGCGGGCAGGACCAGUUUAACUGGGAGGAUGUGAAGACCGACAAGCAGCGGGAGAACUACCUGGGCAACUCGCUGAUGGCACCGGUGGGCCGCUGGCAGAAGGGCCGCGACCUCACCUGGUACGCCAAGGGCCGCGCGCCGCGCGCCGGACCGAGCCGCGAGGAGGAGCUGGCGGCCGUGCGGGAGGCGGAGCGCGAGGCGCUGCUGGCCGCGCUAGGCUACAGGAACGUGAGGAAGCAGCCCACCGGCCUGAGCAAGGAGGACUUCGUGGAGAUCUGCAAGAGGGAAGGAGGCGACCCGGAGGAGAAGGGCGUGGAUCGGCUGCUGGGGCUCGGCAGCGCCAGUGGCUCCGCGGGCCGUGUGGCGCUGUCCCGGGAGGACAAAGAGGCUGCCAAGCUGGGGCUGUCGGUGUUCACGCACCAUCGCGUGGAGAAUGGCGGGCCGGGGACCUCCCCGGCCUCAGCUCGGAGGAAACCGCGUGCCGAGGACCAGGCAGAGCCUGACUCUGAGAGCCACAGGAAAAGCAAGAAAGAGAAGAAGAAAAAGAAGAAGAAGCACAAGAAACACAAGAAGAAGAAAGACAGAGCGCACAGGAGGGAGGCAACGCCCUCCUCUUCCUCCUCCUCCCCUUCACGGCCCACACAUGGCCAGCAUGACUCCAGCUCCUCUCCCUGCCGCAAGAAGAGGAAGUGCGACAACAGGGACGCUGGGAGAAGCCCCUCUGGCCACCGGUGGGAUGUCCGCGACCUCUGAGAUUUGCCCCCGCCUGUCACUAGCUCACCCCCUUUGUUUCUGGCUUCAGGAGCCAGUCAGCUGGCUCCACAGGGAGGGGCAUGCUGUGUGUGGACUCUCUAGGUUCCAGGGUGUUCUCCCUGGCCCUCCACAGGGAAGCCUGUGUCCCAGCAGGGAGCAUGGCCCCUUCUGGAUCCUGUCUCUGCUGCAGUGGCCCCAGGCCCUCCUGAAGGAUCUAGCUGUGAUCAAGUGUACUUACUUCUAUUUUUCUUUACAUCAACUCUUUGUAGUUCUAUUAAAAGGAAAGUAUGUUGUCACAGAA